AAAUAAAGUGGGAAAAGGAGCCGCAGAAGAAGAAGAAGUGGCUUAAAAAAAAAAAACAACACCGACACUUGGAUGUCUGUUAACAAACAAGGUUAUACAGUUAUCCGAGAGGAGCUCCAGUGCAUCAUGUGAGUUGUGCAAAAGCCUUUUGAUACGUACAAGUGGCUGCUGAUGCGGUGCACCUGAACUUGACCCACGGGAACCCCCAGUCUCGCUUUUUUAUGAGAGCCUGGGGAAAAUGUGGCCUCAAAUUCUGGAUUUAGUGAAAGUCAGAUUUUACAGCGCUUCAGUCAAAUUGCUGUAAGGAACAUGGAAAGAGAAGCGUCUAAGAAAGAGAUGGAUGUUAUGGACACUGACGAGGAGUUCCCUGAUGGUGUUUCGGCCUCAGUGACCAGUUCAAGUCAGUGUGAGGUUGAGGAUGAGUGCGAGCAGGAGGACAAAAUAACCUAUCUCAAAUCUCAGGAAACCCCAAACCCAGCCACUCUACAAGACGUUGGGGCUGGUGAAGCAGAGGCCAAAGAUGAUAUUGAGGAAGUUUCAGAAGAGUUUGAGCAUGACAAGACUACAGAAAAUGAGAACUCACAGGUUAUAAACCAAGAAGAGGAUGAUGCCGCAAAGGAGCAGCACAUGAAUGGGGAGUCUGGUUGGAGGAACAUAGGAAGUGGAAGGAAGUGCAAACUGAGGAGCAGUGGGUCAGUUUUAGAGCAGAUUCAGAGAGGCAAUGUUAUGUCAAGUGGCGGUCGGCACAAGCAGACCCGCAGACGUAACCACCACCACUAUCAGCAGAACCGGGGCCGGCGGAGGACAGGAAACCAGCUCAUCUUAGCGUUUAAGGAGAUGCUGUCAGAGUGCCUGAGCUUCUGGUGCAUCUCCUGCAUCCACAUGAUGAUUGAGAUUAUUGUCACUUUAACUCACAACUGUGGAGUUGGAGUGGAGACUGGAGUUGUAAAACUUUACAACCUUGGGCAACAGCUCCUUGUGAAGAUCACUGAUGUUCCUGCAAUGAAGGCAGAUGCGAUCCGGAUUCUGAAGUGGGCAAAGUGCAAAGGAGCUUGUGUGGUGGAUAAAACUGUUAGGUCAGUAAAGUGGAUAAAGACAGUUGCCUUAUCUUGUUUCACAUUUUUCUGUGCUUUGGCUAUUCUGGGAUUGCAGUGGGCCAAGGGGGUUUUCCUUCGUAUUGGUGGGGAUAAGGGAAAGCACUAUUGGACGGCUUUUCAGGAGACACGCAUUUGGAAAAGGAUAAUGUCCUUGCUGGAGAAAGCCCGAAGCCUAUUCAGGAGGGAUGGUCAUGUACCGCCAUCUGCACCGGGGUCACCUGGCAGAGCAGGAAGAGCUCAACCGGGCCAGGAGUUGGAGAGACUGCUAGCACUGGUUGAGGUACCAGAGGAUGAGCUCGAUCCCUUUACAGUUCUCGGUGUUGAGGUGCAUGCCACUGACACUGAGCUGAAGAAGGCUUACAGACAGCUGGCUGUCCAGGUCCAUCCAGACAAGAAUAAACACCCACGAGCUGGAGAGGCGUUCAAAGUGCUCAGGGCUGCCUGGGAUAUUGUCAGUAAUCCGGAGACACGACGAGAGUACGAGUUGAAGCGCAUGGCAGCGACUGAGCUCUCAAAGUCCAUGAACGAGUUUCUCACUAAACUGCAGGAUGACCUGAAGGAAGCCAUGAAUACUAUGAUGUGUACCAAGUGUGAAGGCAAACACAAGCGCUUCGAGAUGGAUCGUGAACCCGCUGAGGCCCGGUUCUGUGCUGAAUGCAAUCGUUGCCAUAGCGCCGAGGAAGGGGACCUGUGGGCUGAAUCGAGCAUGCUGGGUCUACGCAUCACAUACUUUGCCUGUAUGGAUGGCAAGGUGUAUGAUAUUACAGAGUGGGCAGGUUGCCAGAGAAUUGGAAUUUCUCCUGAUACACACCGGGUCCCGUAUCACAUCUCCUUUGGUUCAAAGAACAACAGCAAUGCCACACGACACAGGACGCCGUCGGAGCAAGCGGCAGGUCCGACCAACCCAGCUGAUUUGCAGGACUUCUUCAACCGAAUCUUUAAGGGAGGACCUCCUAAUGACAUGGCUGCCAAUGGAAGCUUCUUCCACUCAGGUUCGCCUCAUCACCCACCUGGUGCUGGAGCGCCUCCCUUCUCCCCUCCUCCAAGUCAGACAGGUUUUUACAUGUCGGGAGGUCACCGGCCCGAGUCCAGCGAGACGUGGGCUGAAAGUGGCAAACCCCCCAGGAGGAGGAAGAAGGUCCGCAAACCCUUCCAGAGGUGAAGUUCGCCGACUUAUUAGUGUAUGAAAACAGCAACACAGGGAUACAAAAUAUAAUGGCCAUGUUUGUCUCUCGCCUGCCUGUUGGCAUGCCAAGAUCUGAACUGGAGAAGAUUCAAGGGGGUCAGAUCAGCCAGAGCAGAGAGAGACUGGAUCACGAAGAGGAGUCUGUCAACUGAAUACAAGUAUUGAAGGAGGUUCUGAAGGAGGUUGCAGUGAUGGUGCUUUACCUCUUAAUCCACCUUACUUUUUUUUUGUUGUUUUUGUCAUUUUGGUCUUAAAGACGACUGUAGCCUUGGCAUUGAAGUUCUUAUCAGGAUGCCGUAAUUAAACCUUUUUCUUUUUUUAA